UUGAAUCUCGGUGAUAUUGAUAAAAGAGGAUUUAUCGGUGAGAUAUAUAAAGGUAAACGCGCACUAGUUCGUCAAAGUUCUGGUGCGAUAGUCGUUAUUAAUAAGUGUUAUUCUUUUUAUUUAUAUAAGAGUAAAGUGACUCUUUUAUCAAAAAUGAAAGCUCUUUUCGCUGUUACUGUUUUAUCUUUCAUCAUCUUCGUUUUUACCGAGCCAGUGAUCGUACCCGAUUGUCCAGAAGUCGAUGGUCCAAAUGCUACUCUGCUUAAAGAUCCAUAUCAUUGCGAUUCGUACUAUAUAUGUUUAGAAGGCGAAGCGAUCCCAAUGAAGUGUCCAAUAGGCUUACACUUCAACGAUGUAUUGAAGACUUGCGAUUAUCCGAAAAAAGCCAAAUGCAAGGCUCUUCCACCACCCUCUACUGAUUAAAUGGUUAUUAUUUAUCUCACGUAUAUGAUUUGUAUAAUUGAUUCAGACAUACGCCAUUCUUUCGCAAUCAUGAUAUCGCUUUCGAUGGAUAACGAACACGGCUAACGUUUGUUAUAUAUAUAUAUAUAUAUAUAUAUAUAUAUAUAUAUAUAUAUAUAUAUAU